ACGCCUCCCCCGCAACCAGUGCGGCCCGCUUCGCUCAAGAAGGAGCUGUGGCCACUUGGAUGGCGAGAGGGAGGAAUUGGGGAAGGCGUGAGCUCUGCGCUUCCCGCUGCUCUCAGCCUGGGGUCCGGGCGGGAAGCAACUCGGCUGGAAACUGCAGACUAGGAAAGAGGAGCCGUGUAAGGAGCAGCGAGAGCUAAGGUUUUUGUAUCUCCCGGUCUUUGAGGCGGUUCCGGGGCCACCCGCCAGCAAGAGGCCUGGCGAGGACAGGCAACCAGCCCAGGAGAGCUCGGAGCCCUAGCCUCAUCCUUGUCCCGCGGGGACGCAGAAGGUGCCUCCUGCCUGCAGUGGGCUGCUCCUCUCCUAGGACUUGCCCAGGUUGGCAGGUCCCAGCUGGUCAGGCUUCAUCUAUAUCCUAAGCUGCCUGCCUCCUCCUCCUUCCCGCCAUCCCAAAUUCGUCCAGAAAAAUGAAUGCUUCACCAGCUUCAGGAACUGGAUCCCGUCCUGAAGGAAACAAUGGGAGACCUUUUUUUUAUGCUCAGCCCACAGCACAGACCCAGUUCCCAAAUCCAUGGUACCUGAAUCCUGUCUAUAGUCCUUAUUGUGUGUCAGCAGCAGGCUUUAGAAAUGGAAAUCCCUUCAUUCCCUAUUAUUCAGUUGCUCUCCCUGAGUAUCCUGGCUUUCUCUUGCCACGGGCUCCUGUGCCCACCAGAAUGAACAGAAGGCCCUAUUUUCAUCCUCAGCUUUCAUUUCCCAUGUUCCAACAUGCUACACAUUUUCCCCAUUACAACAGCCCUGGGAAAAAAAAAGAAACCAAAGAGACCCAGACUGAUCCCCAACAGCAUGAAAGCAAGCACAAAAGACAACAUGUCCAAUUAGAUUCUAGUGGCUGCAAAAAUAUGAGGAGCAGUAAAGGUAUAAUGACUAACAUUGCCUCUGAAAAAUCAGAUGCAGUUUUGUCUUCCCUUGUACAAGACGGGGGGCUUCAUAGUAAGAGCCCUUCAGCAACGAUGACACACAGAAGCAUUCCUCCAGGAAGCUAUACCCUCGAAAAGGAAGAGGUGAGAAUAGAAUAUGGAAAUGGUUCUCCUGCGACACAGUUCUGGAAUUCCUUUAAAGAAAACAUCCCUAUUUAUAAUUUGACACCAGAAAACAUAGUACAAUGUGAUUUAUUUUCAGUGAGCUCCUGUGAGAGACUGGGGGUUCUAUAUACCCCUCAUAAGAGAGAAGUGCCAACAGUAGAAUAUUCGGAAGAAGACAAAGCAGGUGUUAUGUUGACCAAACAGUGUCAUGAAACUGUUAAAGAUAAAGAGAUCCAGAUGCCAGGACCUAGCCUAGAAGGAAGUUUAGAUAAAUAUAAGAAAAACAUUCAGAAAUGCUCAAACCUCCUUGAUGCAGCAAACCAAUGGCAAUCUGAUGACCUGAAUAGAUCAGGUAAAAAGAUUCACUCAAUGGCAAAUCCAAGACUGUCAGUGUCAAGGACACCAAAUAGGUCUACUCAAGAAUUGAGCCAGCAAGCAGGAUCCAUUUGUUCUAGCAUGGAGGCCAUUAAUGGUCUGAGUCAAGGGCCCCCUAGUCCAAAUAAGUACAAUGGGCAAACCAAAUUAAGAGACAAUUUUUGGAGGAAUGAAUUGGGCAAGAUCAUUACUUCUCCCACCUGGCUGGCUCUCUUUGAGAAAGUUGAUGCCAGCAUCCGUCCUUUGCCACAGAGAAAAAGCCCAAGUGUUACCUCCAUGGAGCCAUCUUCUAUAGAGGAAGAAUCUUCUCUGGACAAUUUGCCCAUGACUGACUUUGUACCUGAGAAGAAUAUGUAUUCCAAAAGCACAGAAAGUAUCAAACAGGAGGAGGUUGACAUCCAAGAUGAUCAUGACAAUGAGGAGGAAGAGGAGGGACUGAUGAUGAUGGUGGGUGAAGUUGAUGGUGUAGUUGUCCAGGAUGCCAAAGAAAACUCAAGAGUGAAGCUUAAAGAACCUAUGACAAUAGGCAGGGAGCAGGAAGCCCUGCCUAGGUAUCUCUCCCAGAAAACCCACUUGCUCAAGAAAAAGAGAGAAUGUCUCUCUGAUCUGGAUUCUGAAGAUUUGUUGGGAAUAGAAGAUGAUGCUGAUGAUGAUUUGGAUGAAGUAAAAUAUAUUUUUGAAGCCAUUGACCCACAAGAAGAUCUGACCCCUUCCAAUGAGAUCUUUUACCAAGAAAUUGGUCGGCGGGUAAUCUGGAAGCCACCUCAUUCUACCAUGUCUCCCCAGUUAAUUGUCUGGCCUGUAAAAAACAAAGGCAAGAAAAAAAUUGGUGCCUAUGAAAGUGCUGCCCUCUUUCAUAAGCUUAAGGAUAGAGACUACUAUGAAACUGUUUAUGGAAAGUUGAUGAAAAGACAGAUAAUGGGCAAGCAAGAAGUUAAAUUGGACAGGUCCAAAAGGAAGAUGCUCCAUAAACACAAGAACAUGAGACCUGAAGCAGAAACUGUUGAAGUAUGGGCAGUACCUAAAUGCAGUGCACACAGAGGAUAUGGAUUGAGGAAAACCAGCCACUGAAAAUAAAAUAUUCCUGCCUGGGACAAUUGAUGACAAGGAUAUGGAGCCUGGCUAUUUUUAUUUUGUCCUGGGUUAGAGCUAGCAAAAUUCAUAUAUACUUAUAACGGUAAAACAAUCAUCUUGUAUAAUGCUGUAUAAUCUUUUGAACAAAAUCUGGUUGAGAUACCUUCAAAGUGUAAAUGGUUUAAUAACAAAUAAAUAGAAUUGCAUAAAUGUAUAGCUUUCAUUUUUCUCUGGUGGGGGGAAGAAGCUGCUGAGUGCAUUUCUAAAAAUUACAUAGAAAUUUGGUUACUUAGUUUAUGAACUUUUCUUUUUAACUCUUUCAUCAUCAUCAAUAUCUGUCAACAUCUGAGUGUCUUAUUCUUCCUUUUAUUGUGUGGAAGGGGAGGUAGUCUAAACCAAUCAAGUGUGAAUAUUAAGUUUAGUAUUGAAAUGGUGAACCAUAGAAACAAGGGAAGCUAUUGGGUUACCUAAUGAAAAGUGAUAAAAUAAAGCAGGUUAAAAUAUUCUUGCUAAUCAGAGAAGAACUAGGCUCAGGAAUCAUUUCCCAAGA